CGUUCACUAUGGGCCACAAGCAGUGCACGGACGUGUAUCCCGUUCAAAAGCGGAUGAUCGACGGAUUCGAGGAACGCUGAACAAGCCGUUAUGUUUGUUGAUGCCAGGGGAGGGUUUGGUCACCAGGCCAAACUGCUGAAGGGUGCGCCUGGAAGAGUCGGUGUGCAAGAUCUUGCUCAAAUGGAAGGAGAAGACAUUCCCGGAAUUGAAUUCCAGGUUCAUAAGUUCAAUCAAGAGCAGCCAGCCGAAAGUGCUCGUGCAUAUUAUCUCCGUUUCGUCAUCCACCACGACUACGGAUUUGAUGGCAACCUGGAGAUCCUUGCAAACAUUCGGAAGGCCAUGAAACCAGGCUACUCACGACUGCUGGUCAACGAGUGCAUCAUUCCGGAGCAGACACCAUCCAGAUUCAUGACGAUUGCGGGUAUGAGUAUGAUGAGUCUUGAGGGAUGGAAAGGACGCAGAGGGCAGUAUAGAGAGCUGCUUGAGGCGGCGGGUUUGAAGGUCGGCUGAUUCAUUAACCCGGGGAUGCGGUCACUGCGUGUGUCACUGAUGUUGUA